AUGGCUGAGAAUAUUUACGACGAGAUAGAGAUUGAGGACAUGACCUACGAUCCUACUCUUGAAAUCUACCACUACCCGUGCCCGUGUGGCGACCGCUUUGAGAUCGCCAUAGCCGACCUGCGCGACCAGGAAGACAUUGCCGUAUGCCCCAGCUGCAGCUUGAUGAUACGCGUCAUUUUUGAAGUGGAUGACCUUCCAAAGCCUGUAGGAGAAGAGAAGAAUAUAGUUGGCAGUCAGGAUGAGCCUCUGCCAGUUGCAGCAGCAUGA